UGUCGAGUUUGGGUGCCGGGGCAGGUGGAAUGGAAUAUGGAGAACAAUCUUUCUUUAGUAUCAGGCAAAAUGUCAUCGCCAUGGGAAGCCAAUCUAUGCUGGAACCAGCCUGCAAUAUGCCGCGUUCCAGCAAUACAUCGCAAAUCGGUGGUCAAGGCGUUCGAAUUCCAGUCUACAAUUCAACAGGCGAGCCUCUCGAAUCCUGGAGUUUUGCGACCGGUCCAGCUGCAAGACGAUACAAAUUCCUCAUUGGUGGGCCACUCAAUCCGCUUAUCACCGCGGUUGGUCUCAACAACAAGAUACCUUUACGUGGAGAACUUAGGGACUAA